CUAGUGUUUUGCAUGAGUGUGCAAUUGUUUUGUUAUUAUUGUUUUAUUUUAUUUUUCAAGAAAGAGGAACAUGUAUGCAGUUUAUGCAUGCAUGAAUCCCUCAGUCAUGAUUAAAAGGCAUGGUUUAACCUGACUAGAAUGAAAUACAAGCAAAUCAUGCCUACAGGUGCAAGUGUUGUUUCCUCGUGUAUUAUGCGUGGUGGGGUGGUCCAGCUCAGUUUGGAUGUUUUACUGAUUGAAUAAUAGGAAACAUUACCGCCUGAGAUUUCCCUGCAUGUCAUUGUGUUCCGGUUGGCGUAUUGAAACUAAUCGGUGGCACUGAGAAACCGAUACUAUGACCACGGCAGCAUUUAAAUUUGACUUUAAAUUAAUGAUGUAGGGAACAAAAUAGACUGAUUUGUUAUUCUAGAACUGGAGGAUCUUUGCAAAGCCACAUGAUCUUUUGAUAUGAAUAAAUAAAAUCAACUUUCUCUGAUCAUGGCCACAGGGGUGGCGUGGUGUGAGUCAUGAACUCAACCGUAUAUUGUGAUGGGAUACUCAGGGGUCAGUUGUAACAUUUAACAACCGAGAUCAAUGACACUUUAAGUACAGUUGUUUGUUUUUUUGUGAGAUAUUUUGUAUGGCCCGUAUUUUCCUCUGCAGUCUAAAAUGGUGAUGACUGACUGUUAGUUUAAACAUUGUUCAGCAGUUAAACUUUAGCAAGUUGGGGGCAUUCAAUUAUAUAAUGUACAUUGUUUCCAGAGGAUGCACUAAGAUCAAUCUGGGAUAACAUGGAUCAUCAGGUUUUGCUAGUACUUGUGGAAUCUAUUUCUGCUCAAAUGCUUUGUCUGUUUCUAAGUGCAUACUUUCCAGCUUUUUCCAACUCUGAUGUGCUAAAAUACAUAAUACAAUAUACUGUAUAUAUUUUCUGCAUGAAAAUUACCAGCACGUUGACUAUUAGUCAUGAUUUGCUUUAAACAUUAUUCCUUACAGCUAAAAGAAUUAGAAUCAUUUAAUAGUAAAACAAAGUAUUCAAGAAAGCAGUUAUAUUAUUACUUUGAGGAGCACUCUUAUUUGAUAAAUAGCGAGUGGAUUAGUAUCAUUUUUAAGUGUUAAAUUUGCUGCUGGCGGUUGUAAUCCUCCUACUUCUCAUGUCAUAUGUACUACUUCUCAGUGUAAAUAUUAUAAUCUUUGACACGUGCAUGUUUCUAAUGCAUGGUUAGUAGUAAAAUGUUUACAUUUUACAAAUUCCCUGGUUACUCUUAGGUUAAAUCAUGUAGGCCUACUAAAUAAAUGUAUUUACUAUGAGUAUUAAAGACUAUCAGACAUCUUGUAUUAUAUUGCCUCAAUUUUGCUACUUUGUUGUUACUCAAAACAUAGUGAACAGUCCAUCAUUGUGGGCAUCAUGCUCAAAAAAAAAAUGCUUUCUAUGUUGGCGGCAAUUCAUUAGGUUAUUUACAGUAGUGUUCAUGGUAAGUGACAUUUGAAACGUGGCCGGAGUGUUGCAGUUAUUCUGCUCAAAAAGCAGUUUAUUGGUUUAACGAUAAGGGGACUAAAUACAGGCUAAAUACAGUCUAGAUACAGAACGUGUGUAUUUAACUCUGAACGAGUCCUCAACGACUGACUAAAUAUUUUCCAUAAUGUCCGUUUGGAUCUCUCCUUGGAUCAUUUAUCAUUUUACUCUUCUCAAACAUUAUUUAAAAUAAAAAAAUUAAAAUGAAAAUAGUCACGUUUAGGGAGGUGCGGUUGUCCCUUUAAAUGCACUAACGUGUCUUCCGUACACGAGGCGGAACGUAUUUUACCAGAGCCAAUCAGAGACCGAGUUUGGUCAUUUCGCGCGAUAUCAUUGGCUCCCAGAGGUGUCCGUCAUUAUAUUGUCGUUGUGUAUAUUUCUGAAUAUGGCAAGUUGCCCGUCGACCGAAGGAAGGCUGAAUGUGACCGAUAGUGAUACCGUGUUCUCUAAGCGGGUGAUGGAAGGAAAACCACUGACUCCGAAGUACACCUAUGUAGUCUCAUGGACUGAGUACCACUGCCGGAUCGAUGCGUUAAACAGUGAAGAUCUGCGCUCCCUAUGCAAACGCCUCCAGAUCACCACAAAAGAGGACGUGAACUCCACACAUGGCACGUCGUCCUUCUCCGCCAGUCUGGAGCCGGAGACUUUCAAGCCCAACCUGAACGAACCCAGUGACCUUCUGGAUGCUGACCAGAUUGAGAAGUUGGCAAAACAUCUCCCACCCAGAACCAUCGGUUACCACUGGAAUCUGACCUUCAGCACAUCUAAACAUGGCAUGAGCAUUAAAACACUGUACCGGACGAUGCAGGAUCAGGAAUCGCCCAUGCUAAUGGUUAUCAGAGACAGUGACGGACAGAUGUUUGGGGCUUUGGCCUCCCAACCCUUCAAAGUCAGCGAGGGUUUCUACGGCACAGGGGAGACUUUCCUGUUCACCUUCUAUCCAGAGUUUGAGGCGUACAAAUGGACUGGUGAUAAUCUGUUCUUCAUUAAAGGAGACAUGGACUCUUUAGCCUUUGGUGGAGGAAGUGGUGAGUUCGGGCUUUGGUUGGACGGGGAUCUUUAUCACGGCAGGAGUCAUUCAUGCAAAACCUUCGGGAAUCCCAUGCUCUCCAUGAAGGAGGAUUUCUUCGUGCAGGAUAUUGAGAUCUGGUCGUUCGAGUAGCAGCAUACAGGGAGGUACAUUUGUGUUGUUAGUUGGAAAGAGGAAUUGGACACCAGGCAGAUCCCAAACCUUACUGCACAUCACCGCGGCUCCCAGGAAGCCCGAAACGGACGCUACUGUUACCGCGCUUGUCGUAUGUUACUCCUGCAUUUAAUACAGAGCUCUUCUUUGUGCUGUUUAGUAUAUGUGUUUUGUUCAAGCCGUGUGCAGCGUCAAUAACGAACGGGAGGAUGUGACAAGGGACCCCCGUGAGCAACUUUAACAUCGAGUGGAGAUGACGGGAGAGGAAAACGAUGGUGGUGGCGGCGGCACGGGUUUGGGCUGCCUGAGAACUGCCAUAGUCCAAUUUACCUGAGCUGAAGCGGCCGGAGAACGUUCAAAAGAUGAUGUUAGGCCGAUAGGAUGUCACUACUGCAACACGGGGAUCGAUGGGGGAAGGGACAACUACGGAAACAACUGAAAACACAUUCUCUUGCUCUCAGAGGAAGAAUAUGCAUUUUUUUGGAUCGCGGUGGCGUCCACGAGAAGACGAGAACACAUCCGUAGUUUCUUUCGAGGCGAAAUAUUCAAGUGUCGUGAAACUCGUAGUCUUUCUGUCGUUCACUAUCAUAGCACACUUUGUCGAAGCACAUAAUCGGAAACCCCAUAGUCGUAAUGUUCUGUUCAGUGGGUUUUACGUGUGAGUGUGGCUAACACCGACCCCUCCGCUUCGGAAGGGCCGACUUUUACUGUUCGUAGGCAGAAAUGUGUCGCAAUAGAUUUGUGGAAUAUGCAAAUUCCUGUCCUGUGACCUCAAAUAAUCCGAACGGGGCACUUUUGUUUUCCCUGUUUCUCUUUCUAAGAGACCUUUUACGUCUUGACGGAUUAAUUGCUUCUCUGGGUAUCAUUUGAAAAGCCUGAGACGUGGUUUAAUUGUUUUUCAUGAAUAUAAUGACAAUUCUAUAUUUAUGUAUAUGAUUAUAUAUAUACAUAAAUUAAUAUAUAUAUAUAAUAUAAAUAUAUAUAUAUAAUGAUAUAUAUAUUGCUGUUAAGUGUGACAGUGAUCUUUUUUUGUGCUGAUAUCUCAGCUGUUACUAAUAUAAUGUAUAUUACCCUGUAAAUUAAUGUUAAAAUAGUAGAUUUGUUCCUAUAUAUAAAUAUAUAUAUAUAUAAAUGAAUAUACAGUGUGUGGAUUGGUGGGUUGCUUCUCGCACUUUAUUAAUCUAGUUUCAAGCCAGGUUCUUCAGGCCUCAUUAGCAGUAGCAGUACAGUAUAUAUUUUUGUUUGUCUUUUAGAUUAUAGAGUAAAUUAAUCGUUUAUAAAGAGCUUGCUGCUACUGUGGAGAGGAAAAGCCCCGGACGGGCGUCUCAGCGGUCGAGCACAGGGUCGAAUCUGACGGACUCUUCUUCUCUCGUGUCCUGUCCUGGAGUUUAUUGUUUGGUUUUUGUCAGGUUUUUUUUUUUUUUCUUUCCGGUGUCUAGAUUGACUGUGCACACAACGAGAGGAGCACAAACGUCCUUUCAAAGUGCAAACAAAUCCUUCAUCUACUUCACCGGAAUAUAAUGUUACAGUGGUGUAUAAAGAACAAUGAAUACUAAUAAAUUGUUGUAACCUGGGACAGAA